ACGUGGGUGUGGAUGAUUACCUCAUCUCUACGUGGGUGUGGAUGAUUACCUCGUCUCUACAUGGGUGUGGAUGAUUACCUCGUCUCUACGUGGGUGUGGAUGAUUACCUCGUCUCUACAUGGGUGUGGAUGAUUACCUCGUCUCUACAUGGCAUGACCGUCACCGUCAGUGCUGUCUAAGUUAGCUGUAGAUCUUCACUCUUACUUCAUCAUCAUCUCAACAUAGGCCUUGAAGAUCAUCAUCUGAUACCACCACUACUGUCACUGUCCUUUACUACAACUCCUACUGUCAUUGUCGACUAUCAUUGCCAUCAUGACCAUGAAGGAGUGCUGGUCACCGUGGUACUACUAUGAUAAUCUUAAGUCGGCCAGUAAGGCAUGUGCAGCCACUACCAUCUUCUUCAGUGUCUUCUCCAUCAUCUACAUCUGCUACUGUCUGGAUGGUGGGGAUUCUUCCCAGUUCUUCCUGCCCUUGUUUGAGACUGAUGUGGAUACAACCAUGAAAGGAGCUGGUGGGUUCAUGAUUGUCUUCUACCUGGUAUACAUCGUGUUCUCCAUCUUGAUGAUUAAGGGGGUGAGCAUAGAGCUUCGAGGUCUCAUUCUGCCCUGGCUUACACAGAAUCUCCUUUAUAUCCUCAUGAUCAUCGCCUUCGCUCUCUGGCUUCAAGCAUCUUAUUACCACUAUCUGUUGUCAGUGUUGUGGACCUGUCUCUACCUGCUGUUUGCUGCUGCCCAUAUAUACAUGCACAGAUGUGUCAAGAGCCAGUAUGACAUUAUUAAAGCAGCUCAGGCACAGAACAUUGAGCAGCUGUACUGAUGAUGUCUCCAGAUUCUAACUUCAAUACAUACUCCCUCCAUAAGCCUUUCAUGUAAAAUGCUGCACAGUGUAUAAUACUUUAAUACCAAGUGCAUGGUAUGUGCUGUUGUAUGAUACUUCAAUAGCACCUGCUUGGUGUAGACCCUUGUAUGUAACCACUGGAAUUUAUCUGUGCUUCAUGUGUCCUUGAGCUAUUGAAGAUCUGCAGUGGUACUACAUGAAUCUCUGAGAACAGUGGACAUUCCACAUGAAACUGGUUUUCUGAUCCGUCCUGAUGACACUUAACAUGUACAACACACCAUUUUUAGGUAAAUAGACCACAUUAUUGUGAUCUAUUUACCUGAUGCUUAUAAUUAUAUAUUUUUUAAAUAUAUUGUAUUUUGCUCUUCUUCAUGUUACUAAUUUUUGUGUAACAAUGUUUCUCACAUUCACAAUAUUUCUGCCAUAAAUUGUGUUGGUGUCCUUUAAAUUUGUAUAAUUUAUAUUUGUAAAAUGCAUUCUCAAAGCUCAUGCUAUAAAUUUAAGGUUAUGUAAGGUUUAUGGCCUGUCAACUGUCACUGUCAUUAAGGCAGUGUUUUUUCCUGUUUUUCACCUUCAAAUAUAGUUUAAUAUCAAACAGAAUUAACAAUUAAACUUUCAUAAACACCAAGAAAAUACCCUAAUAAAUUUAAUAUAAACAAAAUACUGAUAUCCAUUCACUGUUCACAACCAGGUGGUCUUAAUUUGAACCACGUCUUGCAGAAAAUAUUGACUAGUUGGCUUGAUGAUCCCUGAAAUGCAGUUUAAAUUAUUAUAAUUCUUAAAUAAUAAGAAAGAUACCUUAAGUUGAGCUUAUUUACUGAUAGUAUGUAAAUGCUAAAUACAGUCAGUUUGUUGAAAAAAAAAAUGCAAAAUUAGAAUAAGAGGAAGCAUGUGAUAGCUUCUCAGUGAUAAGAAAACAAGAAUUCUGAGAAAUAAUAAUUUAUGAAAGAAAGAUUUCACUUAAGAAAACACAAAUAUCAAUUAAAAGAUUAAAAGAGAAGUCUUAUAAUUCAGUACAGAAGUAUGUGUAGGAGAGCAGGGACCAUCACCAUUAUCAGUUUUUUAUGUGAACAUAUUUGAUAAGUUUGUGUAAAGAGUGCCACACCUACAAUCAUACUGUGUUGUUCCAUGUACUUCUGUGCAAUUUCUCUAUGACAAAACACCCCUUAGAGUACCUGUCUAAAAAUCACUCCCAAGAAUUUUCUCCUUUGAUCUCCUUUUUGAAGGUUUUUGCAGAUAACCAAUUAAGCAAUGAGACAAGGAACUUUAUUCAUAAAUACAUAUUGGGAAAUGCCUUCUCAUAGAGUAUUUCCUCAUGGCACACUGUAAAUAGAGUCUUAACCUACUUUAUAUUGAAAGCAUAGUUGGAUUAACUUGGUGUAAUGUGAGUUUUGAGCACAAAUUACACCAGAACAUAACUGCCUUACAGUGAUCUUAAGAAAUUCGUGUCAGUUUCCCUUCAAUCCCUUGUGCCUCAGUGGUGACAUGCAUGGGAUGUCUAGCAAGGGAAUAAACCAAUCCUGGUGCCUUCAUUUUCUGGAAUACUUGAAGUCCAGUACAUUCCGGCAUUUCUAUGAUUAUGGGAAACUUUGUCUUCGUGUAUAUUUAAGUAUUUUGUUGUAACCAAUUACAGUACAGGAGGGCCCUGCUUAUACAGCAGGUUAGGUACUGGGCUACUGUUGUAAAGCAAAAAUUCCUGUAAAAUGAAUUGUAGCCUUUUUUCACUUUUAUAUGCAUACAAAAGCCUGAUAGCAUGUUUACACUAUCAUAUAUUAGGUGAGUAAUAUAGCUAGGCCUAAAAAAUGUAUAUAAAGUACACACAUUACUUACCCUAAAAUAAUUUUAUCCUUAGCUAAUAAUGAGUGGUGAAUAUAUUUAUUGUAGGAAGUCUGAAUAAAUGAAGAAUGGGUAUAAUUGAAAACUGCUGUAAUUAGCAAAACACCGUAAAGUGAAGCGCUGUAAAGUGGGACCUGCUUGUACAUACGUUUGACAAGCUAAACUACGUAUUUUAUUAUUGAGAUAUUUUCUGUGCCAGUGGCUGCAUAAUUUCUUUUCUUAAAUGUGAGAAUAUAUUAGUUGAAAUAACAUUAAUUUUAAAUUAAUGUUAUAAGGAUUUUAUUUCUUAAUGACUUACUGUAGUUGACUAAUAAAGUAGUGAGUACAAGUCUGUAUAACUAUAGUUUACAAAUAAGAUUGUUUUGCAGUUGGGAAAUGCAGUGCCUAAGUUCUGAACUCUUUAAAAAAGAGUAUGGGGUGGUUGUGAUUUGCUGGGUCAUCACUGACUGUGACAACUGUGUGCUUCUGGAAAGGCAUCUGGAAACUAGGAUCCAAAACAAGGGAGAUUGAAAAUGCAUGCUCAACAUUGUCACAAUGAUGCCAGCCAGGAAUAAUUUCUUCAACACAUGAUCAGUAAAAGAAUAGAAGCUAGGCAAUCACACUAGAAAAAAUUAUAUAGGGGUUUAAAUGUAAGCAUGAUAAAGGUAAUUUCAGAAAGUUGAAGAGAAUCAAAGAGCUAUUGUUUUUCUCUUGUAAACUCAAAUAUUGUAUGUAUGACCCCUUGUGGGUAUAGUGCUUAGUUUUGAUUGUAAUAAUAAUGAUGUGCAUAUACUAAGGAGGUUCACAGAAAUGAAAAUUUGAAAUUUUAUUGUCUUGCCCACUUGUUCCAGUUAAAGAAUUAAUAUUCUUUGCCAGGUUUAAAAAAUGUUGGGAUUCAUUUAGAGGUGUCCCAAUGACUUCACAUUUUCACCCCCACCCCCUUUCCUCUUGCCUAUAAAAUUGGAAUUCCUGCUUUUUCUCCAGGAAAAGUAAAGUUAAGAUCAAAGAAAAUUGUUUUUGGACAGCUGUGGUGUAACAAAAAAUAAAAAUAAUGCAUAUAAUUCAGUGAACUCUCAUUUUAAGAGAUUAAUAGAGGGGAGGCAGUGUUUAUUAAAGCUGAUUGUUCAUUAAAUCCAGAGUAUGAGAAUAUUUUUCUAUGAUCAUAGCAGUAACAUACAAUUUUCGGAUUUAAUGUUUUAAGUCUGUUAAAUCCGAAAAUUCAAUCCAUAAAUUUAUUUUUGAACUUAAUGUACAAAGUGUGAAAUUCAAACAGAUAAAUUUACCCAGAAGAGAGAAGCUUACGACGACGUUUCGGUCCGACUUGGACCAUUGACAAAGUCACACUAACCAGAGGGGGAGCAGGACGGCUAUAUAUAGGCAGGAAGAGGUGGUGGUAGUAGUAGUAGUGCAAGAAUUGUAUAUAAUACCGACAAGAUGAAAUUAAGACACAUGCACAACACCCGGGCAUCCCCAUCGUAGACGCUUCGCCAUCCAGCCAGCCACUGGAUGGCGAAACGUCCACAACAAAGACAACCAGACGCCGCACAUGUGUCUUAAUUUCUAAUUAAUCCUCUCUAAUACACAACUUUCCUUGUAUGAACCUUAGCCCUGGCUUCGUCUCUGUAGAUGCCUUCCUCUCCCACUAUAUUGUAAAAUGCUCCAAACUUCAGAACCCCCGUGACUUAACCUGAAUCCUCAUUUUUUUCUUUUUUCUUUUUUCUUUUUUCUUCUUCCUCUUCCCCUUUCCUCUUUCCUUUUCUCCUCUGUUGUCUUUCUCUCUCCUGUCUCGUGUUUCUGUUCCUUCUUCAUUUAUUUCACCACUUCCCCUUUCACGCACCUCUGUGCGCUUGCUCUCCCUCUGUGGGCAUCUAGCUCUCUUGCAGUGCUCUCCUUCCUAUGUAUUUGACUGGCUCGUCUUCCUUAUUUCCCACUUCUACCACUACCACUACUACUACCUCUUCUUCUUCUACCACUACUACUACAACUACUGAUGAAAUUAAGACACAUGUGCGGCGUCUGGUUGUCUUUGUUGUGGACGUUUCGCCAUCCAGUGGCUGGCUGGAUGGUGAAGCGUCUACGAUGGGGAUGCCCGGGUGUUGUGCAUGUGUCUUAAUUUCAUCUUGUCGGUAUUAUAUACAAUUCUUGUACUACUACUACUACUACUACUACUACCACCACCACCUCUUCCUGCCUAUAUAUAGCCAUCCUGCUCCCCCUCUGGUUAGUGUGACUUUGUCAAUGGUCCAAGUCGGACCGAAACGUCGUCGUAAGCUUCUCUCUUUUAUGUGCGGGUUAUUUGUGUAUCGUUCCAGUCACGGUAUUGUGCCUUUUUUUGUUAUUUACCCAGAAGACAGCAACAGAAACAGAUAAUUCUGUAUUUAAUGGAAUUCUCCAUAAAAAUAAUGGGCAGUUCUGAUUUAAUGGGCUUUGUCCAUUAAAUCCAAAAUGAAUUUACCCAGUUGACCAUAAAAUUAAUGCACAAUCCUGGACUUAACAGACUUGUCUGUUAAAUCCAAAAUUCAGUAAAUCAGGAUCUGUUAACUCAAGGCCUUACCAUAUAAACAUGCUUUAUAGAUGGCACUGCUUAUGUUCACUCUGGGCCUACCAAAGUGUGUCUUAAAUAAUAAAAAUCUGAUGUCUUAAAAACAAGUUUAAGAAUGCUAUUCAUAUGCUUCCUUCCCCCUCACAAUUUACAUUUUGAUACAUUCAUAAUAUUGGCUCUGCUAGUUUUUAUACAUUCCCUUUGUCAGUUGGCUAUCCAAGACUUAUGUACAGUAUAUGAUCAGUUACGAAAAACGAGUUUUGAGAGAGAAAUGAGAAAAACUAUUUUAUAUAUGAAUCUUUUGCUCAUUUGUAUUAAUUGCUUUUAUUUAAAAUUUAAUUACAGUGGUACCUCGGGAUACGAAUUUAUUUCGUUCCAGAAGGCUGUUUGGGUGCUGAUACCGAACGAAUUUGUUCCCAUAAGGAAUAAUGUAAAUUAGAUUAAUCUGUUUCAGACUCCCAAAAAUACUUACAAAAGCACUUACAUAAAUACACUUACAUAAUUGUUUGAGUUUUGAGCUGUUCGUAUCCCGAGGUACCACUUUACUUAGUACAUGAUAGUAUAAUUGUACAUUACCUUUUAGAAAUGAGAUGAUCAAGUGUAGCAUGUAUGUGUACCUGUAUGUUAUUAAGUAAUAAUAUAAUUUUAUAACUUGAGAUUAAAGUUUCCGUCCAGAGAUGUGUAUAAGAAUCUCAUUUUUUACAGCAAACACAUUAUUGUAUAUCAACUUUAUUAUAUUUAAUAAAUCUAAAUCUACUCAAAA